GGUGGUUAAGCGUGCGUUUUAUUUUCAACGAGACGCUUGUAACUAAUGUAAACUAUGGCGGCGGCAAAAUACAGCCUGUGGACCGUCCCGAAAUUGAAGGCUGAACUGAGCAUUAAGGGUGCAGUAAUCACAGGAAGAAAGGCAGAUCUGAUUGAUAGACUGGUUGCAUAUGACAGAAAUCAUAAUUUCAAACCCCCCAUCAUAGAAAUUCCAGAAGCUACAGAUAUAGAAUGGCCAAAACAUGGAUAUAAGCAGCUUAUAGCAGAUCAUAGAUUGGUAUUUUCCAAAGUGACCAGAGAGCAAAUUGAUGGCUAUUUUUUUAUUUAGAUUAGCAGGCGAUAAGCAGGUGAAUGGCGACAUUAAGGCAUUGGAGAAAGGCAGAGAUUUGCUACAAGCGAAAAAAAUCCUGGCUUGUUCUGUACUUAUUCUUGUUGAUGGUAUUUUUCUAAGUGGUAUUGUUGGUGCAGCCAUGAAAAAACAGGUAUCUUACAACUAUCAUAUCAAACUUGACAAAUCUGGCAGCCCAGUUAAUUCAAAGUGUGAAUGUCCAGCAGGAAAGGGUCCCAAUACCACCUGCAAGCAUGUUGCUGCAGUGCUGUUAAUGGCUAAUAUUUUCUCUAAUACUGGAGAAAUUUCAAUACAGAAAUCAUGUACAGAAGGUUUUCAGACUUUUCAACAACCAAAGACAUAUUACAAUGGUGCUCCAGUGAAAAUUGAAAAACUUGCUAAAAGAAAACCUACAGAAAUAUUAGAGGACCCAAGACCACAGAAGUACAGAAAUAUGGAAGGGUUUACAGACCAUGUCAGAAACACCAUGAUUAAUUUUUGCUCUCAAUCAUCUCAAGACUUUACACUGAGAUAUAUUUUUCCUGCAGCUGAUAUAGAGUUAGAUUUAUGCACAUUUCUUCUUUAA